AUGGAUCUCACUGACACUGCUUAUUUGUCAUCCAUUCCAGAACUAAUGAAAAAAGUAUUGCUUCUACUGACUAUCGUGCAGCCAUUAGUUACCAUCGGAUCAUGUUUUGAAGAUGUGAUCAGUGUGUGGUUGACCGAGCUGGAUAGAGGCAGAUCCAGACCGCUGCUUGGAAUUUCGCGGCAUCCGGUCGGCUUGGCUUACUUGAGAGGGUUCUCGAAGGGUAUUUUCGGCACAACUCUUUUUCCAGGGCUUAUAAUCUCAGGGGUACCAAAUGAUCAAGUUCGGGACUUAGUGAAUGGCAUGAAUGACGCAGCUUUCAGCGUUCAUUUGAAUGUGCUUGAAAAUUAUCGCCGUUUUUACGCGUUUCUGGAGUCCGAAUUCUGCGCUUACUCGUCAAGGUAUGAUAGGUGGCCUUGUUGUGAUCAGCCAAACUUCCACGUCUCCUGUGCCGACGUCCCAAAGAACGCACAUAAAGUGGCGAAGCUGAUACUUGACCCAACGUACGGUAUAAGCUUGAACUUUCUGUAUCGCUGGUGCAUUCAA